AUGUCUGCGGUCACUAUUCAAACCAAGCCCUUUGAGGGCCAGAAGCCCGGUACUUCCGGUCUGCGAAAGAGGGUCAAGGUCUUCUCUCAGCAGCACUACACCGAGAACUUCGUCCAGGCCAUUCUCUCCGCCAUCCCCACCGGCGCAGCCAACUCGACGCUCGUCGUCGGUGGUGACGGACGAUACUUCUCCAAGCCCGCCAUCCAGGCCAUCAUCCGUCUCGCUGCGGGCAAUGGCGUGAGCAAGCUCAUCAUCGGGCAGGAGGGCAUCCUCUCCACCCCUGCUGCGUCCCACGUCAUCCGUUCGUACAAGGCUACCGGUGGUAUCUUGCUCACCGCAUCGCACAACCCCGGUGGACCCGACAACGAUUUCGGUAUCAAGUACAACAUGGAGAACGGCGGUCCUGCUCCCGAAUCCGUCACCGACAAGAUUUUCAACAUCACCAAGACCAUCUCGGAAUACAAGAUCGUCGAGGGUCCCGAGGUUGAUCUCUCCAAGAUUGGCUCGACCACGUUUGGCGAGCUCAAGAUCGAGAUCAUCGACAGUGUCAAGGACUACAUCAAUUACCUUGCUGAGAUCUUUGACUUUGGUCUCAUCAAGGAGUUCCUACAGAGCUCGGGCUUCACAGUGCGCUUCGAUGCGCUGCACGGUGUCACCGGUCCCUAUGGUCGGGCGUUGUUCGUGGAGCGAUUUGGUUUGCCCGAGUCGAGCAUCCAGAACUGCGUCCCCUCGGAGGACUUUGGCGGUGGACACCCCGAUCCCAACCUUACCUACGCCAAGUCGCUCGUCGACGCCGUCGAGAGCGAAAACAUCUCCUUCGGUGCCGCCUCGGACGGUGACGGCGAUCGCAACAUGAUCAUCGGCAAGGGCGCGUUCGUCAACCCUUCGGACUCGGUGGCGAUCAUCGCCGAUUGGGCGCAGAAAGCCAUCCCCUACUUCAAGUCCGGCAUCAAGGGUCUCGCCCGCAGCAUGCCUACUUCGGGCGCGAUCGACCGUGUGGCGGCCAAGAACGGCUACGAAUGCUUCGAGGUCCCCACCGGCUGGAAGUUCUUUGGCAACCUCAUGGACGCUGGGCGACUCAGCAUCUGUGGUGAGGAGUCGUUCGGUACGGGUUCGGACCACAUUCGCGAGAAGGACGGGUUGUGGGCUGUCGUUGCGUGGCUCUCGAUCCUUGCGGCCGCGAACAAGGAGAAGCCGGGCACGAGCGUCCAGGAUGUGCUGCUGCAGUUCUACAGUCAGUACGGCCGCAACUUUUUCUCGCGCUACGAUUACGAGGAGGUGGACAGCGAGGGGGCCAACAAGCUCAUGGCCCAUCUGCGGGGUCAGUUUGAGAGCCCAGACUUCAAGGGGACCAAGUUGGGCGAGUUCGAGGUGGCCGAAUCCGGCGACUUUGCGUACACGGAUCCCAUCGAUGGCAGCGUCAGCAAGAACCAAGGCCUGUACAUCAAGUUCAAGGAUGGGUCCAGGAUCAUUUUCCGACUGAGCGGAACGGGUAGCGCCGGUGCAACGAUCAGGUUGUAUGUGGAGAAGUACUCGAACGACGAGAAGGAGUUCGGCGCGGAUGCGCAGGUGGGAUUGAAGCCCUUGAUUGAGCAGGCGCUCAAGGUGUCCCAGUUGAAGGAGUUUACCGGUCGCGAGAAGCCUACGGUGAUUACCUAG